GAGGAGGUGGAGGAGAUGGAGGAGGGGGACGCAGAGGGGGAAGGGCCCAUGGCGGUCAGAGAGGGGCCGAGCGGUCACGGCCUCCCGCCGAAUGCCAGCAGCGUCAACGCCACCACCAACAACCUCUUGGCUUCUGUCAAAGAGCAGGAGCUUCAGUUUGAGCGGCUGACUCGGGAGCUGGAGGAGGAGCGGCAGAUCGUGGCGAGCCAGCUGGAGAGGUGCAUGCUGGGAGCUGAGUCGCCAGCAGGAGACAGUAGCAGCUCAUCUGAGAAGUCGUUUGCAUGGAGGUCUGCAGGUGGAGAUUUGCAGGGCGGAGUCAUGGAGGCGUCUGGACGUCACCUGGAAGCGGAGGAGGGACUCUUCAUGCCUGAACCGGACCGCGCCUCCCUGCAUGACAGUGAGGGCUCAGGAGGUCACUCGGCCCAGAUGACCUCGUACUCAGACAGCGGCUACCAGGACAGCAGCGUUAGUUACUACAGCAACCAGAACGUGGUGCGUUCGGAGCCCCGAGCCUCGAUUUCCAGAAGCCCAAGAGCCGAGGGUCAAGCCUCUGGGCAGGUGUCUGGCAGGGUGUUGCGGAGGAUGGCCUCCCUCCCCUCCAGGUCUCAGUCUCCUGGUUGUGGCACCGCCGGCACCGUCUCGCCCUCCCGCAUCUCCCUGCGAACCUCCCAGGGCAGCACCUACGACUCGCCCAUCCUCUCGGAGCCAAAGCCCCUGGCCGCCAUAUUCCCUGGCACCUCCAUGCCGCCUUCCUGCCCUUCGCCGACCUCCCCAACCGACGGCACGCAGGUGCUGGGUGUUGGAGGAGGAGGAGGAGGAGGAGGAGGAAUACUUGGAGGAGGUGGUCGUCUGGGCUCCACCCUGUCCCUAGUGGAGGGGAGGGGUUUGACGGGGUCACCGCUGCGUUCGGGAAUGACGGCGGUGCCGCAGCACUACGGCUCCACGUUGCCCAGGCAGAGCCAGCCGCUGGCCUACGGAGCAGAUCCAUACGGGCUGUACCAGAGGAGCGCCCUGCCCCGCCCAGACAGCCUCAUAGGGCUCCACAGCUCAUACGCCGGUCACGGGGGGCAGAUAGAUCCGGAGCUGCGGGCGGCGUUGUCUCCAGACUGCCACAUGACGCCCGUUUUCGACGAGCGCUCCUUCCACAGCCCGCUGUACCACAGCCCCACCCACGACCCCCAGGGCUCCCUCUACAGGACCAAUGCAGGUAUGGGGACGCUCCCGCGGGCCACCAGCCACUGCAGCACGCUGCCGUACCAAAGAAGCAGCUACGGUCUGAGCACUGCGGCUCUGUUCGUCGACGCCUACAGGGUCUCCGGCGAGCCCGUCUUCUCCCACCGCCACUCCGGACUGGUGGAGCGGGUGGCCACGCGCACCCCGUCCAUCGAGAGCAUCCAUAAGGACCCCAGGGAGUUCGCUUGGCGUGACCCCGAGCUGCCGGAGGUCAUCCACAUGCUGCAGCAUCACUUCCCCUCCGUGCAGGCCAACGCCGCCGCCUACCUGCAGCACCUGUGUUACGGAGACAACAGGGUCAAGGUGGAGGUAUGUCACCUCGGGGGGAUCCAGCACCUGGUGGACCUGCUGGAUCACAAGCUGACCGAGGUCCAGAAGAGCGCCUGCGGGGCCCUGAGGAACCUGGUGUACGGCAAGGCCACCGACAAUAACAAGGUGGCGCUGAGGAACUGCGGCGGCGUGCCCGCCCUGCUGCGCCUCCUCAGGAAGACAACCGACAACGAAGUUCGCGAGCUGGUCACAGGCGUCCUGUGGAACCUCUCCUCAUGCGACGCAGUGAAGAUGACCAUCAUCCGAGACGCUCUGAGCACGCUGACCAACACGGUGGUCAUCCCCCACUCGGGCUGGAGCAGCGUCUCGCACCGUGACGAGCACAAGGUUAAGUUCCAGUCGUCCCUGCUGCUGCGUAACACCACCGGCUGUCUGAGGAACCUGAGCUCAGCAGGGGAGGAGGCGAGGAGUCAGCUGCGGUGCUGUGAAGGUCUCGUCGACUCGCUGCUUCACGUUCUCAAAGCCUGCGUCAACACCUCUGACUAUGACAGCAAGAUCGUGGAGAACAGCGUGUGCACCCUGAGGAACCUCUCGUACCGGCUGGAGGUGGAGAUGCCCUCGUCCCGACUCCUGGGAAACCAGGAGCUGGACACCCUGCUGGGCUUCUCCUCCCCGGCCAAGGAGCUGGACUACCUCUGCUGGGGCAAGAGGAGGCGCGGCAGGAAGAGGGGCGGCUGGCCCGACGACAAGUGGGACGGCGUCGGGCCGAUCCCGGGUUUCUCUCAGCCUCUGCGGGGGGCGGAGCUGCUGUGGCACCCGAUGGUGGUGAAGCCGUACCUCAACCUGCUGGCGGAGAGCUCCAACCCCGCCACGCUGGAGGGCGCCGCCGGGUCGCUGCAGAACCUCUCGGCUGGAAACUGGAAGUUCUCAGCCUACAUCCGAGCCGCGGUGCGUAAAGAGAAAGGUCUUCCCAUCCUGGUGGAGCUGCUGAGGAUGGACAACGACCGGGUCGUCUGCUCCGUCGCCACCGCCCUCCGCAACAUGGCGCUGGACAGCCGCAACAAGGAGCUGAUAGGAAAGUACGCCAUGCGGGAUCUGGUGAACCGGCUGCCCGGCAACAGUCCAACGGUGCUGUCGGAUGAGACGGUGGCGUCGGUCUGCUGCACGCUGCACGAGGUCACCAGCCGCAACAUGGAGAACGCCAAAGCUUUAGCCGACAGCGGAGGCAUCGAGAAGCUGGUGGACAUCAGCAAAGGACGAGGGAAAGGGUACUCAAUGAAGGUGGUGAAGGCAGCAGCUCAGGUGUUGAACACACUGUGGCAGUACAGAGAGCUGAGGAACCUCUACAAACAGGACGGCUGGAACUACACCCACUUCGUCACCCCCGUCUCCACUCUGGAGCGAGACCGCUACCUGUCCCAGCCGACGCUGCCCACCAGCCCGCUGCAGAUGUCCCCCGUCAUCCAAUCAGGUGGGAGCGCUACAUCCUCGCCGGCGAUGCUCGGGAUCAGAAGACACAGUUCAAACUAUCAGAGAGCGCAGUCAUCUAUGCAACUCGACACGUAUUAUGGAGACAACAGUUUACACAAACGGCAGUACACAGGGUCUGAGAAGAAAACUCCAUAUUUUAUUGGGACAUAUUCUUCCCAGUCAGGAGAGGAUUUGAGACGGUCCCAGCACACAGAGCCAUUUUACGACGAGCCCGACAGGAAGAACUACAACAGCUACAGAAUGUACCUGUCGUCCCCACAAGGCUACGGGGAGGAGCAGUACGAGGACGAGCCGGUCCACCUGACCCCGUCGUCCCCUGACGGCUAUGCCGGCCAGUCGCUCCAAUUCAAAGCCAACACCAACUACGUGGACUUCUACUCGACCACGCGGAGGCCUUCAAACAGGGCGAACAAGUUCACCGGCUCCCCCGACUCCUGGGUCUAGAAACUAAACGGACCCCUGUACGUUGAGCUUCUGUGUCUGUGGGUGUGGGUGGGUGUGUGUGUGUGAGUGUGUGUGUGUGUGCUGAUUGGGUGUGUGACAGGGUGAGGAUGCAUGUGAAUGUGUGUGCAUCUGUGUUGAACUGUGCUGAAUGACCAGGGCUCGGUUUGCUACCUGCAGCUUUUGACUGAGUCAGACCAUGUGCACAAUAAUGCAGAUGAAUAUGAAAUAUUUAUUUUAUUUUCGACCUUCUUCAGCAGAAAAAAAACAUAAAAAGGAGCGUUGCGAUAUAAGCAUAUUUGAAAUCAGUGUCAGGCUUCUUAUUGUGAAGUUUAAAGCUGAGAAAAAUGCCAGUUGAUCAGUUUGUCGAUGACAAAAUAUGACAGAAAUUGACAAAAAAAGAAGGGCAAAAUUGCUUAAAAGUGAAGUGCAAAAAGCAGUUUGAAGGAAAUAGUUAAGUGUAUUUGAAUUAAGUUCUUUUUGACCACUAGAGGGCAGAAACACUCUGAACCUAAGAACUGUAACAUACAAAUUACGCAGCAUUAGCCGCUUCUCCGAUGUUCCUGUUUGCUAAAGUUGGAAGUUUUUUCCAAACAAAUUGAGUUCAUGAGCUUUAAGUUGUUAUGUUGAAUAACAUAUUAUUGCUGUUAAACACUAAAAUAUUGCUUCACCUGACUAGUUAGAUGAUAAAUAACUUUUCUUACUCACCUAGAUCACUCUACGUUGGCAGUAGCUAACGGUUACAAUCUAAGAUUCAAUAUAUCAUUGAAAUUAAUUUAAGAAAAAAUACACCAACUCUGCAAUACAAAACUAUUUUUUUUUUAUUAUUCUGACUAUCAAUCAGACAACUUAGAUUCAUAAUUACAUCAAGAAAGAUGCACAUAACUGAAAAAUGAGGGAAAAAAAACAAUCAAACAAAACAUAUUAACAUUAUUUACUGCACAAAACAAUUGGUUAUAAUAAUGUACAGUAGACACACUUCUCUUAUUGUUUACAAGUUCCAGAUACUGCGCUAAUAUAAUAAGACCAAGUGAAAAUACUAAUUUAGCAAAUUUGGAUUUUUUUAGGAUCAUGAAAUUGAUCAUGAAAUUGAUCAUAAAAUGAAACGAUUGAACACGGUUUUUAAAUAAUCAUCUUUCAGUGAAGGAAUCACAGAUUUAUAUACAGAACAAAGAUUUUUGCAAAAACACACUUUUGUUGUUUAUUAUUAAUUUACAAUUUAUUGCUGACUUUUUUCGACAAACAUUUAAGCAAAUGAUCUCAUUGUACCCUCUUCUUUUGCAGCAGUUUAAUUGCAAACAGCUGCAGAAUUAACUUCUAAUAUUCCCAACACAGUAGAGGAGGAAAGCAAACAUUCAUGUGGAUUUUCUUUUGCUGGGUUUAAAUUCUUGAUUUCAAUGCUAUUUAUGCAUUGCACAAGAUCUCAUCUAAAGUGCAUUUAAGUAAAACAUAAACCUGACUGAAUGGCCUUAAACACAGGAAAGGCUUUCUCCAUGAAUAACUGGCCACUGAUGCCAAAACAAAGAUAUUCUUAUCUUUACAACUUUGCAAAAACAUAUUUGUUGUUUGACGUUGAAGUAAAUUAUCUCAUUGUGUCCUCUUGUUCUGCAGAGGUUUAACUGUCAAAUAUUCCUGUAACUGAGAGGUAAGCACACAAGCAUUUUGAUUUUCUUUUGCUGAUUUUCUGGGUUUAAAUUCUUCAUUUCAGUCCUAUUUAUGCAUUACACGUAUACUAAACUAAGUGUAUUUAGGUUAUUUAAACUAUCUGUUAAUCACAGAAAAGGCGUUCUCCUUUAAAAUGGUUUCAUAGCUUCAUAACUGGCCACUGAUGUCACAAACAAAGACCAUAUUUUUCUUCUCUCUAACUUCAAAAGUACAUCAUCUUAAAUGUUCUCAAAUGUCCUUAACUCCAAAAAAAUGAGAAAAAUUAGAAUGAAAAUCUACAUUUUCAACUUUAUCUGCAUUUCUGUGGACAUGGAUGAUCCCAAAAGUGGCUUCCUGAGACAAACCCAGCCCUGCCCUCGCUGUUUACCAGAGUGUUUGUUAAAGUCAACUGAUUUUCAUUUUUUCUCUGCAGUAAAAAUGUGCAGUUUGUUGGCUUUAUGACAUAAAUAUCGUUCGCCAGCAUCAUCAUGAAUGUGAGAGAAAAGGAACUUCCCGUAAAAAGAAAAAAAAAAAAAAAAAGAAAAAAAGGAGACAUCUCCUAGGACAAAUACUAUUUACAGGGAUUAAUACAACCACUCCUCCAAACUGGAUCUAAAAAUGAAAUAUUAUUUGACCCAGGUUUGGAGAAACUGGGAACCUUUAAAGACUCACAGAACCAGGGUUACACCUGUAACCUUUUCUGUAUGUUGGCCAAAAGUGCAGUAAUAUCAUAAAAGUAUGUGAAAUAUGUGACAAAAAACGUGUGAAAAACUAUUUGUACAGAUAAAAAUGGUUGAACCGUCCUGUUACAUUGUUGUAUUCAAUAUGUAGAAUUUAUAUGUGAUUGUGUGGAGAAGAUUUUUCUAUUAUUUAUUGAUUAUUUUUAUUAAUUUACUUGUGACCUGACCAAAAUACCCCAUCUGUCUGUUAUGUCCAAAACUGAUGAUGAUGCUAAUGUGCAAUGUUACAGAGGGAAAUAUAUGUAUAGGGAUUAAAGAUUAUAUCAUGACAAGAUAA